AUGGCGUUGUGGUCUUCCUCCUUUCAGAGUUUUGGUUCGGUUGAGGAGGAUGAGGAACGGGCAUUGACUCUCACAUCUAUCCAGCACCUGUCGGAAACGCAGACAUAUGGUCAAGGGAUUGAACUGAUCUGUCUAAAACAAAAAGAGUUUGUGAAGAGCUCUGUAGAAUCCAAAUGGAAUCUAGCAGAAGCCCAGCAGAAACUUAGUAGUUUAGCACUGCAUAAUUCAGAAUCCAUGGAUCAGGAAUAUGCCAAAGCACAGACUGAAGCUUCAGAAUUGAGACAGAGAGAGGAAGAGUGGAGAAGAAAAGAAGCAGCACUAAUACAGAGGGAAAGACAGAAUCUAUGGAAUAUGGAUUCUUUUAGUAAGGAGGUAUUUAAUAAGAGUUUUAUUAGUCAAUAUAAAAGAAAAGAAGUAGAAGAUGAAGAUGUAUCUAAAUCAUUUAUACAGAAACAUGAACAAAAUAUUAGAUACUUUGGUAUGCUGGGCAGAUGGGAUGACAGUCAAAGAUUUUUGUCUGAUCACCCAUAUCUUGUAUGUGAAGAAACAGCUAAAUAUCUCAUCUUAUGGUGUUUUCAUCUAGAAGCUGAACAGAAAAGAGCUCUGAUGGAACAAAUAGCACACCAAGCAGUUGUGAUGCAGUUUAUUAUAGAAAUGGCCAGAAGUUGUAAUGUGGAUCCAAGAGGCUGUUUUCGUCUAUUUUUCCAAAAAGCCAAAGCAGGGGAAGAAGGCUAUUUGGAAGCUUUUAAAACUGAGCUUGAAGCAUUCAAAUCAAGAGUGAGAACCUGUUCACAGUCUCAAGGCUUUCAAGCUAUAUCAGUACAGAAUCCCAGUGUCUAUACUGGUGCUGUAGAAGGACUGGAGUCUUUGAUACAGAAUGCAAAUGAUCUACAAGAUUGCACAAACAGAAGUGUUUGCAAUUUAAACUCAAUGCUACAAAAAGAUGAAGAACCCAAAAUGAUGGACACAGUAUAG